ACCCCCAAGGCAAGGGAUGGCAAACUUCAGCUCUCUGGCUGCUUCAUCGUGGAAGAUCUUAAAGUCCUGCUGAACAAAGAUCAGGGCAAAUGUCAUAGGAUGAAACCUGCUGGACCACUCUUACUGUCUGUGAUAUCGUGUCUCCUGUGGCUGUCCCGGGGCUUUGACCCAGCUCCCAGCGCCUGCUCCGCCUUGGCCUCCGGGGUUCUCUACGGCUCCUUCUCACUGAAGGACCUCUUCCCCACCGUUUCCACUGGCUGCUCGUGGACCCUGGAGAACCCCGACCCCACCAAGUACUCCUUGUACCUCAGGUUCAACCGGGAGGAGCAGGUCUGCACCCACUACUCGCCCAUGGUGCUACCACUGGAUCAUUACCUCUCCAACGACACCUGCAGCCAGCCAGAAGUGACAGCCUCACCCCGGGAGGAAGAGGAGGAAGACGGAGGGGAGGUCAGGUUGGAGCUGUGCCAGGGAGGGGGCCCCUUCACCUUUUUCCACUUCGACAAGAACUUUGUGCAGCUGUGCCUGGCGGAGGAGCCCGAAGCGGCCCCCCGGCUCCUGCCCCCCGAGGCCGUGGAGUUCCGCUUUGUGGAAGUCCUCCUGAUCAACAACAACAACUCCAGCCAGUUCACCUGCAGCAUCUUGUGCCGCUGGCUCGAAGAGUGCCUUCGCCUGGGCACCGGCCAAUCCUGUGGCCUCUCACAAACCGGCUGCACCUGCCAGACCCCCCAGACCCUCCCAGCUCCUCCCCAAUCCAACCAGACGCUCUCCAAUGCUCUGACACCACCUGUCACAAGCAGCAGCAGCAGCAGCGACUGCUGCGUGACCGAAUUGCAUUCUGGGAAUGCGAAUGAUGUAUACUCUCCAGAGAUUAAAUACGGUGAUGGGGUGGAAGCAGAUCAGAAGGUGAAGACACAGUGGCCGCGGUCAGCAGAUGAACCAGGGGUGUACAUGGCACAAACAGGAGACCCUGCAGCAGAGGAGUGGUCCCAGUGGAGCGUCUGUUCACUGACCUGCGGCCAAGGCACCCAGGUGCGGACUCGCUCCUGCGUCUCAUCGCCUUACGGGACACUAUGUAGCGGGUUGUUGCGGGAGACCCGGAUAUGCAAUAAUACCGCCACCUGCCCAGUUCACGGCCUAUGGGAGGAUUGGUCCCCCUGGAGUCUGUGCACGAUGACUUGUGGGCAAGGGUCGCGGACCAGAAUGCGGCAAUGCGUUGCUCCACAGCACGGCGGAAAGGCCUGCAAGGGGCCUGAGGUGCAGAAUAAAUCCUGCAAUAUCGCUCUCUGCCCUGUGGAAGGCCAGUGGCUGGACUGGGGAUCCUGGAGCCGCUGCUCGGUGUCGUGUUCCAACGGGACUCAGCAGCGCACCCGCAAAUGCAGCGUCUCAGCUCACGGCUGGGCAGAGUGCCGGGGGGCUCAUGCCGAUGCCAGGGAGUGUUACAACCCCGAAUGUCCAGCCACUGAUAGCAAGUGGGGCCCAUGGAACCACUGGAGUUUGUGCUCCAAGACGUGCGAUACGGGCUGGCAGAGACGCUUCCGCAUGUGCCAGGGGACGGGCGUGCAAGGCUACCCAUGCGAGGGCAGUGGGGAGGAAGUCAAGACAUGCAACGAGAAGAAAUGCCCAGCCUACCAUGAAAUGUGCAAAGACGAGUAUGUGAUGUUGAUGACUUGGAAGAAAGCUGCUGCUGGUGAGAUUGUCUACAACAAAUGCCCAUCCAAUGCUACAGGGUCUGCCAGCCGCCGGUGCUUGCUCAACUCCCAAGGCGUGGCUUUCUGGGGCACACCCAGCUUCGCACGCUGCAUCUCGCACGAGUACCGAUACUUACAUCUCUCACUCCGAGAGCAUUUGGCCAAGGGGCAGCGCAUGCUGGCAGGUGAGGGAAUGUCUCAGGUGGUCCGUGGCCUGCUGGAGCUUGUAGCUCGGAAGACGUACUAUAGUGGAGACCUGCUCUUCUCAGUGGAGAUCCUGCGCAAUGUCACAGACACUUACAAGAGAGCCACCUACAUCCCUUCCUCAGACGAUGUUCAGCGGUUCUUCCAAGUCGUCAGUUACAUGGUGGAUGCGGAAAACAGGGAGAAGUGGGAAGAUGCACAGCAGGUCAUGCCUGGCUCUGUGCUCCUGAUGAAGGUGGUGGAGGAUUUCAUCCACCUGGUUGGAGAUGCACUCAAGGCCUUCCAGAGUUCCCUCAUCGUCACGGACAACUUGGUAAUCAGCAUCCAGAGAGAGCCGGUUUCUGCUGUCUCCAGUGACAUCAACUUCCCCAUGAAGGGCCGGCGUGGAAUGAAAGACUGGGCCCGGCACUCUGAGGAUAAGAUCUUCAUCCCCAAGGAAGUGCUCAGCCUCUCCUCAUCUGGUAUGUGGUCUGUGUCCGUGUGUGUUGGGGAAGGGCUACGGCUCAGUGGUCCCAGGUUCAGCCCCCCUCCUCCAUAUCUCUCUGCAGAAACAGAUGAAUCAUCUUAUUUUGUCAUUGGUGCCAUCUUGUAUCGCACAUUGGGAUUAAUCCUGCCUCCUCCUAGAAGUCCCCUGGCUGUCAUGUCCAAAGUUCUCACGGUGACGGUGAAGCCCCCAACCAAGGCCAUAGAGCCCUUGAUCAUGGUGGAGUUGUCCCAUAUCAUCAAUGGCACCUUGCAUCCACAGUGUGUGACCUGGGAGUACACCAAAGUGGAGGUUGGCGCUGGGAACUGGGAGACCGAAAGCUGCCAGACGGUGGAAACUCUCUCGGCUCACACCAAGUGCCAUUGCAGCCAGCUCUCCACCUUCGCUGUGAUCGCCCAACUGCCCAAAGACCUGGCCAUGGACUCUGGCAGCUCCCCCUCUGUCCCACUUAUGAUUGGUUGUGCUGUUUCUUGUAUGGCUUUGUUGACCCUCCUGGUGAUCUACGCUGCCUUUUGGAGGUUUAUCAAGUCGGAACGCUCCAUCAUCCUCCUGAACUUCUGUGUCUCCAUUUUGGCCUCCAACGUGUUGAUCCUGGUGGGGCAGUCCCAGAUGCUCAGCAAGGGUGUGUGCACAAUGACUGCUGCAUUCCUCCACUUCUUCUUCCUCUCUUCCUUUUGCUGGGUGCUGACAGAGGCCUGGCAAUCCUACUUGGCUGUGAUUGGCAGGAUCCGGACACGCCUAGUUCGUAAACGCUUCCUCUGCCUUGGAUGGGGGUUGCCAGCCUUGGUAGUUGCUGUCUCCGUUGGCUUUACUCGGACCAAAGGAUACGGAACAUCUAGCUACUGCUGGUUGUCCCUUGAAGGAGGGCUGCUCUACGCCUUUGUUGGCCCUGCUGCUGUGAUUGUUCUGGUCAACAUGCUGAUCGGAAUCAUCGUCUUCAACAAGCUCAUGUCUCGGGAUGGCAUCUCAGAUAAGUCCAAAAAGCAGCGAGCUGGCUUCAAGGAUCCCCCGUGUGGCAGCCUGCUCUUGAAAUGUACCAAGUGUGGUGUGGUCUCCAGCACAGCCCUGCUCACCGCCACUGCCAACAGCGCCAUGGCAUCGCUAUGGAGCUCCUGCGUGGUCCUUCCCCUGCUGGCGCUCACCUGGAUGUCGGCUGUGCUCGCCAUGACCGACCGGCGCUCCAUCCUCUUCCAGGUCCUCUUUGCAGUCUUCAACUCGGUCCAGGGCUUCGUCAUCAUCACGGUCCACUGCUUUCUGCGCAGAGAGGUACAAGAUGUGGUGAAGUGCCAGAUCGGAGUGUGCAAGAGUGAUGAGAAUGAGAACUCCCCUGACUCCUGCAAGAAUGGGCAAGUCCAGAUCAUGACAGAUUUUGAAAAGGAUGUUGACCUGGCGUGUCAGACAGUCCUCUUCAAAGAGGUUAACACGUGCAACCCAGCCACCAUCACGAGCACCUUGUCGCGCAUCUCCCUGGAUGGGGACGAGGAUCCGAAGCUCAACACCAGCUCCGAGGGCAGCCUGGGCUUCUCCACCCUUCCUGGGAAUAUCCCACCCACUUCCAUCCUGGUCCAGCUCAACGACCCUCCUGCCAAGAAGGACGUCAACCUGGAUCCAGCUCGGGGGGCGGUGUACCUGUGUGGUGACAGCAGCCUGCGGCAGUUGGACUACGGGUGGCUGCGGCCGCAGGAGGCCACCCUGGAGAGCAACUACAUGGUGCUGCCGCGGCGGACAGUGAGCCUUAAGCCCUUCACCAGGGAGGAGGGCAAGCUCAACAUUAAACUGGAUGAUGCGCCGGGCCUGGCCAAGGGCCGCCACCCCAUGGAAGCCGAAGCCUACCCCAGCUUUGCCUCCAUGGACCACAUCAAUGUGAACCUGAACCAGCCGUACGGGACGGUCAAGCACCCCUACGGCCUCCAGUUCAAGCAGCACCCAACUGUACGGCAGAUCUUGGCCUCAGAGUUGUCGGAGCGCAGCCGCACCAUGCCACGCACUGUGCCUGGCUCCGCCAUGAAGGUGGGCUCCCUGGAGAGAAAAAGACUGCGGUACUCUGACCUGGAUUUCGAGAAAGUCAUGCAUACAAGAAAGCGCCACUCAGAACUUUACCACGAGCUGAAUCAAAAGUUCCACACACUGGACCGGUAUCGGGCUCCAGCUACCAACGCAGCAAAGAGAGAAAAGCGGUGGAGCGUCUCUUCAGGGAGUGGGGAAAAGAAUAUGCCUGGCGUAAUAGGAAACAGGCCAGAGCCAUCAAGAAGAGCAUCUGUAAGCCGGCAGCAGAAGCAGAAGUCUUGGAGCACCUUCAAGGCCAUGACGCUGAGCUCCCUGCCCUCCAGGCACCGGGAGAAACUAGAGCUGCACUCUGCUGACUGGGAGAAGCAUUGCAUGAGCCUGGAUCUAUCCGAGGGGGACUUCCAGACAGAAGUGUGAGCCUCGUGAACUCUGGGAUUUAUC